UAGCCUGGCCGCCUGUGAGAAUCAGCUGUGGAGCGUAGUUAGCUUAGCUCUACUAGGAACAGCAUUAUUCCCGAAACUCAGUACUGAGCAGCCAUGGACAAGAGCGAGCUGGUGCAGAAAGCCAAACUGGCCGAACAGGCGGAGCGCUACGACGACAUGGCCGCCUCCAUGAAGGCCGUGACGGAGGGCGGCGGUGAGCUGUCCAAUGAGGAGCGCAACCUGCUUUCAGUCGCUUACAAGAACGUGGUGGGGGCCCGUCGCUCCUCCUGGAGAGUGGUGUCCAGCAUCGAACAGAAGACAGAGGGCAGCGACAAAAAACAGCAAAUGGCCAAGGAGUACCGGGAAAAAAUCGAGAAGGAGCUGAAGGAGAUCUGCAAUGAUGUACUGGCUCUCCUGGACAAGUUCCUCAUUCCCAAUGCGACUCCGGCCGAAAGCAAAGUCUUCUACCUGAAAAUGAAAGGAGAUUACUUCCGCUACUUAGCAGAGGUGGCUGUUGGAGAGGAGAAAACCGCAAUCAUUGAAAACUCACAGGAUGCCUACAAGGCGGCUUUUGACAUCAGCAAGAGCGAGAUGCAGCCCACGCACCCCAUUCGCCUCGGACUGGCUCUCAACUUCUCCGUCUUUUACUACGAGAUCCUCAACUCGCCCGAGCAGGCCUGCAAGCUGGCCAAAACGGCGUUCGACGAGGCCAUUGCAGAGCUCGACUCACUGAAUGAAGAAUCUUACAAAGACAGCACAUUGAUCAUGCAGCUACUGCGGGACAACUUGACACUGUGGACCUCAGACAACCAGGGAGAUGGGGAGGACACCGAGGAAGGCCGGGAAAACUGAAGCCCACCGUACCUUACCCCAUCACCCCGACCCCCCCCAACCUCUGACCCCCGGCCAUCCGCCCGUCAUGGUCCCAGCUCUCCAACAUCGACACCACCUCAUCAUCUGGCUUCUGUCUGUUUUUUAAUUCUCUCUCUCUCUCUCUCUCUCUCUCUCUCCCCCUCCCGCUCUCUUUCCUUCUCUCUCUCUUUCUUUGUCACUGUAGAUUAUUUUUCUCCUUUCCUGGGGUUCUUUCUGUAUGGGAGGAGGUGGGCAGUGCGGGGUGGGGGUUGGAGGUGGGGUGGAACGGUGUGACGGGGUACC